CUGUGAAACCUAAAGAUGGCAGCAUGUUCUCCUUCAGUUUAAAUACGGAGAAUAAUCCACCUGGCGCUUUUCACAACAUGCAAGCGGAUUUGUCGAUUUCCAAAGUUAAUACAAUUGCAACAAGCACACCGGCAACAGCAGCACCAACACCAACAAUUUUUGGCAAGCUCACCACAACAGAACAGUCACCUUCACCAUUCAGUGUCGCCAAUACAAAUGUAACGGCAUUUGGUGGUACUUUAGGCUCCACCACACCAUCUACAUUAUCUUUACCGACCACUAGUAGUAUUGGUGGCGCAGGCGCAUCUGCGUUUUCGUUUACGAACUCGUCCCUCUUCAAACAGCUGCCCACUUUCCAAAGUCAAACUCUUGCAAGUACCGCUACAACUAUCACUACUACUACUACUACUACUGCGGCGACCGUUACGUCAACAUCAGCAACUAUAAGCGCGCUGACCGCAGCCAAACCAGCGCCAACGGAAGCAGCUGCUUUUACCAAAACAACUACAGCCGUUCCCACAGCUUCAUUAGCCCCUACUGCUGCAAUAACCGUUGCUGCCGCCACAACAAUCCUAACACCAACGCCGUCACCUACAAUAGUUGCACCCACCGCUGUCUCGGCGGCACCUGUUAGCGGCGCAACCAGUCCAUUCUUUUCAACGAUUGCAGCGGCUAAAGCGCCUGGCGAAUCGCUGUUUGGCAAUUUAGGGCAACCAACUCAAGCUGUCAGCCCCGUUAGCUCUAUGGCAAAAACUGACAAUGCUUCGCAACCGGCAACGACCACAAGCGUUUCGGCAUUUGGUGGCUUAUCAUUGGGUAGUCAAGCGCCAGCUGCCAGUGGUGGUAGUAUCUUUGGCAAUUCUGGUAGCGUAGGGUUUGGUGCUGCAACGGGUGGCAUAUUUGCUGCUGCCGCUGCUGCCAGCAUGCCAGCAAGCCCCGCAGCGCCUGGCGCCAAUACCUCUGCUGGUUCCAUAUUUGGUAACAGUGCCGUUAAGAGUCCUGACAGUACUGGUGGGUCGAUUUUUGGGAAUGCUGCAGCGAAACCGGCUGAAAAUACUGGUUCUAUAUUUGGUAAUGCGGCAGUUAAGAGCGCUGAUAAUGCAGGUGGCUCUAUAUUUGGUGGUACGCCUGCUAAAAAUCCUGACAAUGUCAAUGUUUUCGGUUCACCAACCUCAGCCAAUGCAGCCGUCAGUAGUAGUUCGAUUUUCGGUCAAUCGUCUGGUAGCAUUUUUGCUUCUGCUGCCGCCGCCAACAAGCCGGAUUCAACAUCCACAGCAUCUGGUUUCAGUUUUGUUGGUUCCGCUUUUGGCGCUGCACCGAAUAAUACCGCUGCGUCUGGCGGCUCUAUAUUUGGUGCCGCUGCAGCUGCUUCAGGUCCGCAGCAACAACAGCAAGCAAAUAUAUUUAGUUCACCCGCCAGCGGUUUUGGUGCCACAGCUAAUUCACCGUUCAGUUCAUUCUCACAAGGUGGCUCGUCAAUAGCAAGCACAGGUUUUGGUUCACCUUCACAGCAGCAACAAGCGGGUGCAUUUCCACGACCAGUUUUCGGUGGUGCGCCAACAUUCGGUAGUCCACCGGGUUUCGGUGCACAACCUAGUUUUGGUGGCGCACCGACUUUUGGUAGUCCCAAAGGUUUCGGCUCCUUUGCCACGCCCACAACCACCGCCUUCAGCGCGCCUACAACGCAGAGCAGCAAUAUUUUUGAUGCUUUGGGCUCGACAGAUACAGGCUUGUCCUUUGGCAAUCUAGCACAGACGACGAAUACUCCGCCAGAUGCUCCGAAGCCUAUAUUUGGCGGCUCCUCAUUCAUGAAUUAUCGGGCAUAAGCGUGCCACAAUGUCUAGGUGAAAGCGAGCCAGAUAACAGGUUACAAUUUCAAAUGAUUUUAUUUAAGUUUUUGAAAUUAUGCUAUGAAGAAAAAAUGGAUAUUAAACAAAAAUACAACAAUUAUAAUUUUAAACUACAAGAAAUUUCAAUAUCAAAUUAAUACGUUUUCGAAAUUAAUACAAAAGCUUCGAAUUUAUUAAUUGAGACAUAUUAACCAUACCUAAAUAGCUAAUA